AUGGUUUUUACACAAAAAAAAGGGAUUUUUCUCAUGGUUUAUUCGCUCACGGAACUAUUUUUUUUUGUCUAUUUUGCUCUUAGCCUGCUUUUUACCUAUUUUUUCGGCCUUUUUUUGACUAAUUAUUUUUGCACUUUUUUUGGUCCAAUUGCUUUGGAAAUGAUCCACAUUGGAUAUUUCGAAUUGAUUUUCAAUCAAUGCUAG